GAGCGCUGCUUGCAGCACCCAGUCUCUGCUCAGGCUCCCACUUCUCCUUUGCAGCUGGGCCUUGGUCCAGGAGCCAAGACGGGCGACACGGAGCCGCCAGUGCUGGAGGGGGAGCCAUGGGUGAGGGGCAGCGUGGGGGCCGAGGCCCCUGGACGCCCGCCCGGUCCCAGGCCCCGCUCUGCCAGGGCGCCCCCACGGGUGCCCCCUCCUUCCUGGUCCGAGCAGUGCGAGUGUGCCAGGGAGCCCAGCGGUGGUGGUGUGGAAAGCGGCGUGGGCUGGGGGAUCCGGGCCGUGGGGAGCAGUGCUAUGCACAAGCACCAGCACUGCUGCAAGUGCCCCGAGUGCUACGAGGUGACCCGCCUGGCCGCCCUGCGACGCCUUGAGCCUCCGGGCUAUGGGGACUGGCAGGUGCCUGAUCCUUAUGGGCCAAAUGGAGGCAACGGAGCCAGCACAGGUUAUGGGGGCUACAGCUCGCAGACCCUGCCCUCGCAGGCGGGUGCCACCCCGACCUCCCGGAGCAAGGCCAAGCUCAUCCCCACUGGCCGGGAUGUGGGGCCAGUGCCCCCCAAGUCAGUCCCAGGCAAGAGCAACCCCAAACUCAACGGCAGCGGCCCCAGCUGGUGGCCUGAAUGCACCUGUACCAACCGGGACUGGUAUGAGCAGGUGAAUGGCAGCGAUGGCAUGUUCAAGUAUGAGGAGAUAGUACUUGAACGGGGCAACUCUGGCCUGGGCUUCAGCAUUGCAGGUGGCAUUGACAACCCCCAUGUCCCUGAUGACCCAGGCAUCUUUAUUACUAAGAUCAUCCCUGGUGGAGCAGCUGCCAUGGAUGGAAGACUGGGGGUGAAUGACUGUGUACUACGAGUGAAUGAGGUAGACGUAUCAGAGGUGGUACACAGCCGGGCUGUGGAGGCACUGAAGGAGGCAGGCCCAGUGGUGCGAUUGGUGGUACGGAGGCGACAACCCCCACCUGAAACCAUCAUGGAGGUCAACCUGCUCAAAGGACCUAAAGGUUUGGGGUUCAGCAUUGCUGGGGGCAUUGGCAACCAGCACAUCCCAGGAGACAACAGCAUCUACAUCACCAAGAUCAUUGAAGGAGGUGCUGCUCAGAAGGAUGGACGCCUACAGAUCGGGGAUAGACUGCUGGCGGUAAACAACACCAAUCUGCAGGAUGUGAGACAUGAGGAAGCUGUGGCCUCCCUGAAGAAUACAUCUGAUAUGGUCUAUCUGAAGGUGGCCAAGCCAGGCAGCCUCAACCUCAAUGACAUGUAUGCGCCCCCUGACUACUCCAGCACUUUCACUUCCUUGGCUGACAACCACAUAAGCCAUAAUUCCAACCUGGGUUAUCUUGGGGCUGUGGAGAGCAAGGUCAGCUACCCUGCUCCUCCUCAAGUUCCACCAGCAUGUUACUCUCCUAUCCCCCGACACAUGCUGGCUGAGGAGGACUUUACCAGAGAGCCUCGCAAGAUCAUCCUGCACAAAGGCUCCACAGGCCUAGGCUUCAACAUUGUAGGAGGAGAGGAUGGAGAAGGCAUUUUUGUCUCUUUCAUUCUGGCAGGAGGCCCAGCUGACCUGAGUGGGGAGUUGCGCAGGGGAGACAGGAUCUUAUCGGUGAAUGGCGUGAACUUGAGGAAUGCAACACAUGAGCAGGCUGCAGCUGCUCUGAAACGGGCUGGUCAGUCAGUCACUAUUGUGGCCCAGUACAGACCUGAAGAGUACAGUCGCUUUGAAUCAAAGAUACAUGACUUGCGAGAACAAAUGAUGAACAGCAGUAUGAGCUCUGGGUCUGGGUCCCUCCGAACAAGUGAGAAGAGGUCUUUGUAUGUUCGGGCUCUGUUUGAUUAUGACCGGACUCGAGACAGCUGCCUGCCAAGCCAGGGACUCAGCUUCUCCUAUGGUGACAUCUUGCAUGUUAUUAAUGCUUCUGAUGAUGAAUGGUGGCAGGCAAGACUGGUAACCCCACAUGGAGAAAGUGAACAAAUUGGUGUGAUCCCCAGUAAGAAGAGGGUGGAAAAGAAAGAGAGAGCUCGAUUGAAAACAGUGAAAUUCCAUGCCAGGACGGGGAUGAUUGAGUCUAAUAGGUCGAUCAAAACGAAACGUAAAAAGAGUUUCCGCCUCUCUCGAAAGUUUCCAUUUUAUAAGAGCAAAGAAAACAUGGCCCAGGAGAGCAGCAUACAGGAACAGGGAGUGACAUCCAACACCAGUGACAGCGAAAGCAGUUCCAAGGGACAAGAGGAUGCUAUUUUAUCAUAUGAGCCAGUGACACGGCAAGAAAUUCACUAUGCAAGGCCUGUCAUCAUUCUGGGCCCAAUGAAAGACCGAGUCAAUGAUGACCUCAUCUCGGAGUUCCCACAUAAAUUUGGGUCCUGUGUGCCACAUACUACACGGCCUCGACGUGAUAAUGAGGUGGAUGGGCAAGACUACCACUUUGUAGUGUCUAGGGAACAGAUGGAGAAGGACAUUCAGGACAACAAGUUCAUUGAGGCUGGUCAAUUCAAUGAUAAUCUUUAUGGAACCAGCAUACAGUCAGUGCGGGCAGUUGCAGAGAGGGGCAAGCACUGCAUCUUAGAUGUUUCUGGCAAUGCUAUCAAGAGGCUGCAGCAAGCACAACUUUACCCUAUUGCCAUUUUCAUCAAGCCCAAGUCCAUUGAAGCGCUUAUGGAAAUGAACCGAAGGCAGACAUACGAACAAGCAAAUAAGAUCUAUGACAAAGCCAUGAAGCUGGAGCAGGAGUUUGGAGAGUACUUCACAGCCAUUGUACAGGGUGACUCACUGGAAGAGAUUUAUAACAAAAUCAAACAAAUCAUUGAGGACCAGUCUGGGCACUACAUUUGGGUCCCAUCCCCUGAAAAACUCUGAAGAUUCCCCAUCCAACUAUUCUAUUGUUCACAGAAGAAAACAAGUCUCUUUUCCCUCCUCCCUCUUCAUUCCUGUCCCAUUGGAAGAACAAAUGACUACUGUUCUGCCCCCUUUUUAGAUAUGUCAAAAAUUGAGUUUUCUAGUCCUGUUCUUUUUUAAAAAAAAUUCUGUUUUGUUUCACUUUACUUUUGGGAUGAUGCCAUCUCACUCGUCCUUUGACUGUGCCCAUUCCUGCAUGAACUUUUCCCAAGCGCUAGCACAGGUGCAAAUCCAUCUGAGUCAUUGUUUUCAUCUAAUCCAAGAAGUGAAGAGAAGAGAGGCGGACUGAUGGCAAGACAAAUUCCAGACAGCUACAUGGUUUGGGAAGUGAGCUCUGUGCACCAUGUGAGGAGAUGCUCCUGGGCAUUUCUGCCUAUUUGUAUUGCUAUCUUGCAGUUCUGAAUGGUGCAACAUAAAUACGGUAGAAGGUAUCUUAUUUAUAUAUAUAAUUUAUAUAAUAUAUAUAGAAAUUAUUAUAUAUAUUAUACACUCUCAUAUAAUAUAUAUAUGCACACACAUUUGGUCUAGAAAAUCUUUGGAGACUUUGUCAAUGGUACUGUGUAUUUAGAGAAAUGUUUUAAUUUUCAUAUUCCAGAUGGCAUCUUAUACCCCAACUGGUUGGAGAGGGAUUGAAAAUUAUAAUAAGUGCUAUAGAUUUAUCAAGGGCACUUGCAUUUGAUCAUUCUCUUUAGAGCUGGCAUUUUCUCAAGGAGGGGAGGAUAGCCAGAGGUUUUCACAAAAGAACUUUUUUUGGGUAAAGGGGACAGAGGGUUGGAGACUUGACUCUCAAGCAGCUGCUGCCCUUGAGGUAUAGUCAGUCCUGUGUGUGGCAAAAGAGAGAAUGACUAACAGUGUUCCAUAUUCAGUUGCCUAUGUUUCAUGCCACCUGGUGUGUCUGCAUGAGAGGUUUCCUUUUUGUUCAUGUUUUAAGCUGCUGUUAAACCAAAACCAUGUUGUGCUACUGUGUCAGCCUUUUCAUGAUUCCAAAUUUUCCUUUUACUGUUUAAGUGAAUGCGUAGAAUUCAGCUUGACAGUGUUCUAAAGGCUCAUGAUGUUAGAGGCACCAGGCCUUGUUUGUGAUAGAGUAGGUGACCCAGGCUUGGCCAUUUAGCUAGCCAAAGUGGCAUGAGAGUCUGUGAGGACGGAGCGCAGAAGCUGGCACUCUAUAUCACAGUGUAUUCCUUCACUCAGCUGCCAAAUGCCCUGUGCUCAGCUGAGGACCUUCCUAGGACCCUGUCUGUAGAAGGAACAGGAAGUCAUUACCUCCAGCUCUGCCAGGACAAAAGGACAACAGUGGGGCUCGGCCAGCUUCAUGGUGUGAAAUUUGAUUUGGGUUUUUUUUUACAGCUGCUUUAUAUGCCCUACCUGAACCACCUCACUCUCAGCUGCAAGCUUCAUGUUUCUUCAGAAGAAAGUAGAUUUUAUUGCUGCCAAUUUGAACUGUGAAACUGUGUAAGAUUCACGUACUAGUGAGAUGUGAAAUCUUGUUGCUUUUUCCAAGAGUCUGAUGGCAGUGAUUGUGGUUAGAGUUCUUCUCCCUGCAUAGAUGCAGGUAGCUCCUUAAAGGCUGCCACAAAUCUCCUGCUUCCAAGACACAGGAGAGGCAUGAGUGGGAAGAAGAGCAUGGCAGACUUGGCCCCAGGGUUGUUCUGAUGAGUACUAGCCCACUCCAUAGACCAGAGCAAAUGAUGCCGUAUAGAAAUCACUAGGAACACUACUAGCCAAAUUCAGGAAACGUGUCAGCAGUUCUAACAGCCUCUAACACAGAGGCUAACUGUGAAGUGUGAGGCCCACAAUGAGGCUAGAGGGCAAUAGAAUUAUGUGGACAGUACACUGAAUUGAAGGCAAAGAGGGUACAGUGAUUACUGAUUAUAAACAUGGUAAGGAGGGGUGUUCAGGGAGUGCCAAUUUCUUGGAUUUUAACUAAAUGAUGUCUGACUGAUGCUCCACCUUCUCCCCCUCCCAGUGAAGUAAAGACUCAAAGUAAGCAUGACACUAGUUGGUUUACAAGUGUUCCUUCCAAGGAGACAUAUAUUUUUUAAUAAAGGAUAGUUGCAAUGAA